CGGCCUUUUGCCUCUGGUGCCUGGCUUUACUAAUGCUUAAUAAUACCUCAAAAGGAGCAAAAAACCACUAGCCCCUGCCCCGGGAGCUCAGCGUCCAAACGAGAGACCACCUGCAAACCGAUGUGUGCAAACGAGAUCUAGACUGAGUCAACUGGAGAGAAUCUAGCUAGCUUGGAGGGGGCCUGGGAAAGCUCCCCGAAGCGGGGUUCAGUUGAAACUUGGAAGGAGCCAGGAGGUGGAUAUCGUGUUUUGUUCGAUGACACAUGUCGGGGGAGGAUGCUUGUUUGGGGCUCGGUUUUUGUUUUCAAAGAAAGAUUUUGGUUGUGGAAGGUGGGAUUUUCAUUGGAACUUGGAAGAAACCAGGAGGUGGAUCAAUGUAUUUUGCUAAUAGUCCAUAUUUGGGGAUGUGUGGUGGGGGUUUUUUGUUUAUGGAUUUUAGAGAAGCUCCUUUUAGAAGAUGGGAUUUCGGUUGAAAUUUGGAAGCCAGGUGAUAGAUCAAGUGUGUUUUUGUUCAAAUAGCACAUAUUGAGGAAGGGGGUAGAAGGUUGCAAUUUUGGGGGUUAUUUUUUUUUUUCUUCCCUUUAAAGGAUUUCUUUUAGAAGGUGGGGAUUUAGUUUCGAAUUUGGAAGAAGCCAAAAGAUGGAUAAUGUUUUGCUUGAUAACACAUGUUGGGGAGGGAAGGUGGUAUUUGUUGGUGGUAGUGGGUGUUUCAUACAUAAUGGGUUUAUUUCUUCCUGUCCCUGGGAGAAAGGAACUUUAUAAAUUUUCACAAUCUGUGUUUGUUGGUUUUUAUUUGAAUGUGUUAAUUAACAGAAUCCAGAUUUGUUUUUCCUUAAAGAUUUACUUUUUGUGUAUAUGUGGUAGUAGACAAAAUUGCCACGUUUUCCUAUUCCUUUGUUAAGUGCCAAAAAUGUUUUAAAUAUUAAGCUGUGAAUGAUUAAAGCAUCUUAAAGUGAAAAAUGUUUUAGAUGCUUGUGGUUUGUAUUUCAAGCCUAUCAUGUCAAAAUUUAUGUGUAGUUAAAUGUCUUUUAAACUAUUAAGACUAAAACUUUCUAGUAUCAUAAAAAAUAAAUAGGAUGCCAGAGCUUUUUUGCACCUUCUAGUUCUUUUAUAUACACACAUGUGUAAUAAUUUUUAAAAUACAUGGAAUGCUAAUAUGGCAAGUUGUCCUCAAAGUUUAUUCCAGUUCAACCAAUUAAAUGUCUUUAAACUAUUAAUAAGAAUAUAACAUCUUAGUACCAUAAAAUAGGUUGCCAAUUUUUUUUUUUUUUUUUGGUCCGUCUAGAUUAGGGGUUUUUAAAACUUUUUUUUUAGUUUGUAGUUUGUAUUGAAAGCUUAUUUGUACUUAUUAAGAUUAUAUCACUUAAGUCUCCUUAAAAAUACAAGUAAGCACAAAACUUUGGAGUAUCACAUACAAAUAGAACAUCAAAGGUUUUUUAAGAAUCUUCUGGGCCUAUUCAUGUAAUAUAUUUUUAAUAUUUGCAGUGUUCGUGUUACAAACCCAUUGUACUUAAAGUAUCUUUAAACUACUAGUAAGAAUACAACAUCUUUUAAGAACCAUACAAAAAUAAUAUAUUUGGUCCAGUUGACAAAGCCUUUUUUAAAAUUCUUUUUUAAAGCAUUUUACAGGAAGGGAAACUGCUAGUGAGGAUUUUCUUCCAAGAGGACAAUGCUAUAUAUUUUCUCAGUCCUCAAUAUACUUUAGGACUGAAUGCCAGGAUGAAUAUAACAUUUAUUCACUUUUCCUUACAGGAGUUUCUGUCCUUGGCUUUUCGAUCCCUCCCUACAGAGGAGGUAUACUUUGGGCAUCACUUAGUGGUCAAGUCUUUUUUCAGUUUUCUUCACUUCUCAGAAAUACUUCAAGGCUAUUGCAGACUUGAUCCUGGAGGGAUGUUUCCUUUGUUUGUAAUGCCAGUUGGUACUGUAAUUAUGUUCAUUGUCUUCCUGCAGCCUGGGUGAGAGAAAUAUUGUGGAUUUCAUCAACUACUUUGACAAUCAACUUUUUUUUUUUUUUUUAAUUAAGAAUUUUUCUUUAAAAUCAACCAGGUAGCCUAUGUUCAAAUGACUUUAUUAAUGUCCUCUUUAGACUUUGAAAUUGAUGAAAUCAAAUGGUAUUGUUUUUUUGGUUUGUAGUUAGAUUAAAUGAUAGCUUUGAUUUUUAUAUUCUGAAUAUCACUGACCUCUGCUAUUUUUACUCCUGCUUUCGACAGUAAUUCUUUUCAUGAACCUGUACUUUUAAAGUAUAUAGAGUUUGAAUGUACAAAGAGAAUUCUGUGUUUGCUAUAUAAUUAGUUAUGUGAACUUUUAUAUCUAUUUUUAAAAAAUGAUAAUUAAGCAUGUAUUAAAAAGUUCAACUAUAAUGCGUUUUGGGGGUGGGAUGAAGAAAAUUCCUUCAAAGAUUGGAUGAAUUUAAAAUGAUGAGAAAAGGUGAGGGAGGGGAAAAAGCAAAAAGGUCUUUGUGUAGAGGUAAUUCUUGAUGUCUUUAAUUGGAGGUCCAUAGAUAAACCAUCAAAUUGGGAACCAUUACUUUUUUGAAGACAUCAUUUGGGCUUUUCUUUUUUCAAUGCUACUUGCAUCCUCUUCCUCAUCCUGCUCCACUAUGCUCAUGUACUGUGUUUGGAUUUGGGAAGAGAACAGCACUAGAAUAGCUGCUAUAAAGCAGUUUCAUUUCAUGCUAAGAUGUAUAGUUAUUGAUUUAAAAUUUUAUAAUCGAGCAUCUUGACUCUCUUUUUUCUCUUGCCUCAACUACAUGAAAAUCAACCCAGGUUGAUGUGUCAAAAAAAUAGACAUCUUGAUGUUAUUGUGAACUAUGUAGUCACAGGAACAGACAUAGAAUUGGAAAAGACUUUAAAGAGCAGAGUCCAACUCCCUUAUUUUACAGAUGGGGAAAUUAAAGCAUAGAAGAGUGUACACAUACUAAAUAUUCUAAAGUAGGAUCUUACUGACUUCAAUAGAUUCUAAUGUGAAACUAGCUUCUUUUUUUUUUUGUUUACAUGGGACUAUGUGAGUUCUGUGAUUUUAGUGACCCAUCUUGCAGCCUUAAAAAGAAAAUAAUUAUUUAGCUAGAGAUUUAGAAAAAAAAAUUUCUCACAUUUAUUUCUUAAUCUGGUACUAUUUUGCAUCUUUUAUUUUCCCAACAUCAUUAUCUAUUUGGAUGAUGAAAGUUAGUUUUCCAUUAUAUGGUUAAACUAUCAUUGUUCUACAAUUAAAUUGCUUGUUAAUAUUUUUAUUGAAUGAGAUAGGUUUGUUUUUGCUGAGCUUAUUGUUCCUAGAAGACAAAAUGAGGAUUUCUGCUCAGUUUAUAAGAAUAGUAGUGUUAGUUGGGCUAAGGUCUGUGUAUUAAAAACUAUCUAGGAGAGAUUGAGUAUAAAAAUGGUUCCUAAUUCUUUCUUUUUCAUAAACUUCUUUUCUUUCGAUGUACAUUUCUAUUAUCACUAAUUUGAAGAGUUUUUUGGUGGUGAAUUUUAAAUUAUUCAUGCUAUCAUCACUUAUGCUUUAUGGGAUAAAAGACAGCAUGCCAUAGGAUAGUGGAAGAAUAUUCCCAUAAAGAUGACCCUGGUUCAAAAUCUGGCUUCACUCUUUGUCUAGAAGUAUUGUGACCUAGGGCAAAUUACUGAAUCUCUCUGAAGGUGGUUUUUUCAUCCAGGCAAACUCAGAGAAUUGUUGUAAUGAUCAAAUGAGAAUUAGAACUUGCUCUUAAUUCUAAAAUGUCAUUAUAAAUUGUUAUUUAAAAAUUCUAAUCAAGUGACUAUAUUAAGUUCUUUUACUUAAGAAUUCUGAUUUUUCUUUAUUAACUUAAUUUUUUUUUUUUUUUAAAGCUGAAGGCCAGUUGUAUCAGUUUGUAUGUCCUUGGGACAGUUGUUCUUAUUUUGUCUUUGAAAGAUCAGAAAAACAUAAGAGGAGUGAGCAUUAACCAGAGUAAUAGGACUAUAAAAAACAGUAGAGUAUUUAAAGACUGCCAGGAGUGACUUGAGAGCCCUAUGCUGACUCUCGAUGAAUAUAUGUCUAUUACUUUUUGCUGACUGUUGUGAAUGAACUGUCCACAAAAACAAUAGCUCAGAGAAACCUAUCCAUGAUAUUUUACAUUUUAUUUUCAAAACUGUUUUCCCUAACUUACUGUUAGAUAAAAAUCUUUUUAGAUCUUGUCUUGUACAAGUGUCUAUAUUUUAUAUUUUACAAAUUAGGGGAAAGUUAGAAAAAUGAACUUGAUUCUUAUUAGCAACAAAAUAAUAACUUAAAUUUAUAGUUUUCUUCUGGGUCAGUUUCCAUUUAUACAAAAAGGCAUUUAAGAUGGGCCAACAUUUUAUUGUCUGAAAACUUUAUUAGAGAACAGAAAUCAUGAUAUUAUUUGCUCAUUUUUGAAUGUCACAAAAUAUUCUUCAAGAACGAUAAUUUUAGUAGAAAUGAGAACUUUUGAGCAGUAGUAUUUGUCACUUUUUAUUUGAAAGAUUUUUGUGUUAUCUUUAAAUUUAAGUUUUAGGAUUCACUGUGCCCAUGAAUAAGUUUAUGGAUUUUUUGAGAGAAUGUAAGCUUUUCUGAAACAACAUUCAUUAAGAUGGUAAUAGAAAGUUGGCACUAGAGAUGUUUGGGAAGGUGGUAUGGGCUGGCCUUAAGAUGGACACAAUCGACACUAUAGUCGGGCAUAUGCUUUGAGUUCUUUUCCAGUAAUGGCGAUAAAUUUGUUCAAAUUCAUCCACAUUUUCUUACCGAAUCCAAAUGGCAUACAUUUGUGAAACGGCUGGCCUUGGCUAGGAGUGCAAUCUAUGACUUUGGAACAAAAUGAAGCUCUAGCUACAUGGAGAUCAAACCCAGGACCAUGGUCUCAUUAGCAUCAUGCUUCAACCAAUUGGAAACAGUACAACUACCAGACAAAAUGGCUGAUCCUAGUAUUGGUAGAGGAUAUCAAUGUGGAAGGAUGGGUUGGUGUCAACAUAGAAAUUCAAGAAUGGACAAAAAUAGUAAGUGGCUUGUAAAAUACCAGGUUAGUGUAGAAUGUGGUUUUGUUUACAAAUUGUUGUUUACUCAUUGUUACUAUAUUCAUAGACAAUGAUUACUUAUAAAAAAGAAGUGGCUUGGCAUGUUAAUAUAUUUUUUGUAAGUGAAAGUAUUAACAUAUCUUUAUUUUUACACCUGCUAUUAACCAUUGCAUUCUUUUUUACUCUCCCUUAGACCCUAUGUUGUGGUUAUACUUUCUGCAGAGGAGAAUGGGGACACAACUUCUUUUGAAUAAUAAUAAUUCUACUUGCUGUUAAGAGCCGGAUUGCAAGAGAGUUUACUGUGCCCUCAACCCCUUAUGAUCUGAAAAUGAAGGAAGCUGAAUAUGGUGGGCAUGAUCAGAUAGAUUUGUAUGAUGAUGUCAUCUCUCCAUCUGCAAAUAAUGGAGAUGCCCCAGAGGAUCGCGAUUACAUGGAUGCUCUCCCACCAUCUGUUGGCGAUGAUGUAGGUAAAGGAUCAGCACCCAAUGUUGUCUAUACAUAUACUGGAAAGAGAAUUGCAUUGUACAUUGGAAAUCUUACAUGGUGGACAACUGAUGAAGAUUUAACUGAAGCAGUCCAUUCUUUGGGAGUAAAUGAUAUUUUGGAGAUUAAGUUUUUUGAAAACCGUGCUAAUGGCCAGUCAAAAGGGUUUGCCCUUGUUGGUGUAGGAUCUGAAGCAUCCUCAAAAAAGUUGAUGGAUCUGUUGCCUAAAAGGGAACUACAUGGUCAGAAUCCUGUUGUGACUCCUUGUAAUAAGCAGUUCCUGAGUCAAUUUGAAAUGCAAUCCAGGAAAACUACACAGUCAGGACAAAUGUCUGGGGAAGGUAAAGCUGGCCCUCCAGGAGGCAGUUCACGUGCAGCAUUUCCACAAGGUGGUAGAGGACGGGGCCGUUUUCCAGGGGCUGUUCCAGGUGGGGACAGAUUUCCUGGACCAGCUGGACCAGGAGGGCCACCCCCACCUUUCCCAGGAAAUUUGAUCAAGCAUCUUGUUAAAGGAACUCGGCCUUUGUUCCUGGAAACUAGGAUUCCAUGGCAUAUGGGGCACAGCAUAGAGGAAAUACCCAUUUUUGGCCUAAAAGCUGGACAAACUCCACCACGUCCACCCCUAGGUCCUCCAGGCCCUCCUGGCCCACCAGGCCCUCCACCUCCUGGUCAGGUUCUUCCUCCUCCAUUAGCUGGGCCUCCUAAUCGAGGUGAUCGCCCUCCACCACCAGUUCUUUUUCCAGGACAGCCUUUUGGGCAGCCUCCAUUGGGUCCACUUCCUCCUGGUCCUCCACCUCCAGUGCCAGGCUACGGCCCCCCUCCUGGUCCUCCACCUCCACAGCAGGGACCACCUCCGCCUCCAGGCCCUUUUCCACCUCGCCCACCUGGCCCUUUGGGGCCACCCCUCACACUUGCUCCUCCUCCACACCUUCCUGGACCACCUCCAGGUGCCCCCCCACCAGCUCCACACGUGAACCCAGCUUUCUUUCCCCCACCAACCAACAGCGGCAUGCCAACAUCAGACAGCCGGGGUCCACCACCCACAGACCCAUAUGGCCGACCUCCUCCAUAUGAUAGAGGUGACUAUGGGCCCCCUGGAAGAGAAAUGGAUGCUGCAAGAACGCCAUUAAGUGAAGCAGAGUUUGAAGAAAUCAUGAAUAGAAACAGGGCGAUUUCAAGCAGUGCCAUUUCAAGAGCUGUGUCUGAUGCCAGUGCUGGUGAUUAUGGGAGUGCUAUUGAGACAUUGGUAACUGCUAUUUCCUUAAUUAAACAAUCCAAAGUAUCUGCUGAUGAUCGUUGCAAAGUGCUUAUUAGUUCCUUGCAGGAUUGCCUUCAUGGAAUUGAGUCCAAAUCAUAUGGUUCUGGAUCAAGAAGACGUGAACGAUCAAGAGAGAGGGACCACAGUAGAUCGAGAGAAAAGAGCAGACGUCACAAAUCCCGUAGUAGAGAUCGUCAUGAUGAUUAUUAUAGAGAGAGAAGCAGAGAACGAGAAAGACAUCGGGAUCGUGACCGAGACCGUGAUAGAGAACGUGAUAGAGAGAGAGAAUAUCGCCACCGUUAAGAGAAGCUGAAGGAAGAGGAACACCUUGCAAGACAAGAAACAUUCUUCAUGGGGGAAAAUGACGCUUGUCCAGCAGUUUGCUUCUUGUGAUUGAACUGAACCUGUAAGGAUUCAUGGAUAAAAUGAACAGGAAUAGAUCUGAAUAAAGCAAAUCUGCAUAAAUGGUAACCAGUAGCUCUACUUUUACUUUUUAUGUUGCUUAACUGUUUUAUUUGAAGGAAACCUGUGUGAUUUAAAAGUUAUAGCUUUUGCAACUUUAUUACUGGUUAUAUACAUUUGGCCAUUAUAAUGUGCAAGCAAUUGGAAGAAAAGUCAAGUAAAUGCUUGUUUUUAUAGUAGUUUGUUCUUGUUAAAAUGUUCAUAUGAUAAUGUCUGUAAACAGCACCACUUUGAUUACAAUAGAUGUAGUGUUGUAAUAAACUGUUUAAUGGGGCUGAUGUGUAAAGCUGUUCAAGUUAUUUGAUGUUUACACCUCAGGGAAAGUCUUGUGUUCAGCAAUAUUUGAAGAUAAUGUUAUUAUGACAACAUUUAUACUGUCCUUUAAAAAAAAAGCAUCGCAAUAGUUUUUGGAUAUGCAUCAACCUAAUCUUGCGUUCAGUGGAUUAAACAUACUAAUUAAGUGUCUCUUGCACUUGAUUUUGAUAUUAGAAUAGGUAAUUACAUGGAGUAUUUAAUAUUUCUAUAUCCUGCUUUUCUAGCUAUUUUUACCUAGUUGGCUUGUGAAUUUACUAAAUGGUAUGUAAAAUUGUAAAACUGCAGUUUGACUAACAUUGUGAUCCAAGUAAUCCAGUCUAUGUUAGGGGUCAAAAAUCUUUGGGUUCAACAUCUGUAUUAUCUGCCAUGGUAUGCAACUUAAUUAUAACACGAAUGUAUAAAGGAACAUUUCAUUGUAAACCAUUAGCAUUGAAGAAACAUCUUGGCAAUUGAGGUGCUGCCAUUGUUUGCAGAUUAUAUCUGAAAAGGUGCUUUUGGUGUAUUUUGAAGCCAUAGAGAGUAUGUAUACAGCUGUGCACCAGAUAAGUGUGAGUAAAGAGAGUCUUAGUUUUGAUUUUUCAAAUAAUGUGGAUUUUUCACGAACAUCUUUUCUUAAGAUACUAGAUUUUAUUCUCAACUUUUUCUGUUAAUAUUCAUAUCCUCCCUUUAUUUAAAAAAAAAUAGAUCUUUGCAUUCAUGCAACCUGUUGGUUCAUGCUACAAAAUUCAUCAUCUGAGGUUUUUGCAAGCCUACUUUUUAAAAAAAUGUUAUAUGAAGGUAUGUUUUUAAAGCAACUGGCUUGCAUGGCCUAUCAGUUUUGGGAAAAGAGCAAAAAAAAUGACAUUUGUUCUGCAUUAACAGAAUGUCACUUUAAUUAGAUUUUUGUUUAUGAAAAUCAUUCCUUAGAAUAUAGUAUAAAUCACAGUUCAUCCAGAAAUGUCUUUUCCUCAACAUGCCUGAGUGUUAGCUUUUGUUUUUAGCAUAAAUUUUAAAGCCUCAGGGGCUCAAUUUAAAAGAGGGAUUCUCUCCAAUGACACAGAUUCUAGACAGUUUUUACCAAGAACUUGGGUAAUGUGCAGCUGCAGACCACUGGCUUUGAUUCUUUAACAUCAGAUCAUAUCCUCCCAAAUAGCCUUUUAUUUUGGAAAUUGUCCAAGUAUUUCUAAUUUUUAAAAGAGUUUUUUGGUGACUGGAAUGUUCAUGCAUGGGAUCAUUGAUGUUUGUCAAAACUUUGCUAUCAGAAGUAAUUUUUAUAUGUUGCUUUAAUUUUGUUUAAAGUGAUGCUUCCUUUUUAAAAAAUGUAACUUGGAAGUUGUAUUAAGGCUUUGUGAUUUUUUAUUUUCCUAGUUUGUGCAUAGGAGUUUCAAAUAGUUUUGAUGUUUCUUUGUUAAAAUAUCAUUCAAAAUACACAAUGGGAAUUGAUAUUCAAUGUAUACUUGUUGCAAGGGAAGUAGUUAAUAUUAAGAGGACAACUCACAGGUAAGUUAAAGUGUCCGUAAGAAUAAAAUUUUGUCUUAAUGUUAAAUGGAAUCAGAAAGAUCAAGACAUUUUACAAGCAUUUAUGUGGAAAAUUAUACAUAUUUUAGACUUUAUUACCUGUUCAGCAAGAAAGCUUUGCUAAUAUACUACCAGUUUUCACCCCCACUUUCUCUUAAUAUGACCUCUGUGCUGUGGGCAGAGUGUACCAAAACUUGUUUCAGAAUUGCUGAUUCAUUUUAUUAAGUAAUUGUUGCUGGAAAGAAGUCCAAUUUAGUUUACAGUUGAAUUGUGUCAGUUGACUCCUUUACUACCUAGUUUUUCAUGAAUGUAUGGGAUGAAUUUACCCUCUUUAAUGUUCCUUCCAUCUCCCUCUCAAAUCUAUUUAUGGCCUAGUCAAAUUAUUUUAUCAACUCUAAUGUUACUGAAAACUGUUUUCUUGUUUUGCAUUAUUAAAAAAAAAAUCCAAAGAGGUCAGCCCUUUUAUAGACACCAAAAAGAAAAAUAUUCCAGAGCCUUUCAUUGUUUCUUGAUUCAUAAUUGUAAAGAAUGUGGUUUCAAGCUUUAGUUUAAUUUGAAAAUAAUAGUGCUUGUUAAUCUUAAAUAGAAUGCUAUUGGCCAUUUUCAUUACUGUUGUAGCACCUGGAUGGUACCUUAUUUGCGUAAAUGUGGUAAAAUUUUCAGGGUUUGUUUUUUUUUUUUUUUUUUCCAAUGUCAUCAAAUUGCAAAUGCUUGUUGGCUUAUGGAAUUUGGUCAAGUAAAAUAUGUGUCAAAGGGUAACAUUCAUUUAUAUUUGUAUUCCAUUUUGUGUCCUUUUUAACAAAGGUGGUUCUUAAUUAAUUGAAAUUCUGAGAACCAUUCAAAAAAAGAUAUGUGAAAUAACUAAGAUUAUUUUUUUUAAUUAGUCUCCUGUGGAGAAUGUUUCUUUACUUGUCAUUAAAGGUCAGUUAUUUCUGAAUAUAUGUGGAGGCUUUAAUAGAAAGCUGCCACAAUCUUAUAUCAUGAAAGUGGGGUAUUCAAAGGGGCUUCUCUCCUCUAUCCCCACUGUAUUUAAUGUGCCAAUAAUCUAAAAUUACACAUCAUUUUACAAGAAAAGAUGCUGCUGAUAGGCCUUUCUGUUGAGAAUACUUUCAACAUUUUGGCUGUCAUACCUAAACGAUCAUUACAUUUUCUGUACUUUGUAAGAUAAGAGGUGUUUUUUUUUGUUUUUGUUUUUGUUUUUUUCUGUUUAAGCUCCAGCUUAAGUUAUUUAAAGAGGACAUUUGUGUUGUGAUUUCAUUUUUUGACACUACAUUGUUGAUGUUCUCACAGGUUUAAGAAGACUGUAUUUUUUAAAAUUGGUUAUAAUGACUAGUUGCAUCCCUACAUCCUCUGUAAAUGUUUUUCCCAGUUGUAUGUGGAUAACUACAGACAUAUAUGUUGUAUAUAUUUGCCAUUUAUGGUAAAAGUAUAUGUAGUGAUUUUUCAGAAAGAAUUUCUGAUUUCCUAUUCUUACAAUAAUUAAUGUAUUUCCUUGUCACCUUUUCAAAAUAAUGCCUUUAAAAAAAUUUUUUUUAUACAAAUUGACUCUUGGAAGCCUUAGACUAGUUUCUUAUAAAAUGAACAUUAUAAAAAGAAAUUGAGUAAAUUGAGAUGUGGCCUUAAGUAUAACAUUUAUGUUUCUGAUGUAAAACAUCUGACAUAGACCAAGUGACAAUUCAUUGUAAAAAGUUAGAAUAUCUUAAAAGUGGUAGAAAAAAUGAAGAAACAAUUUUGUCUAGGCUUCUAGGAGGAAAUUCUUAUACUUGUCUUUCCUAGCAUUGGGAAGAAGCAACGUGGAUUUUUAUGAAUAUUGAAAAUAUUCAGGUAAUUGUGUUAUACUUAUCCUACUUGGAUUGAUUUAGUGUUUGUCUUAACCAUUGUUUCUUAUUUAGACCUUUGGGUGGUUGAUGUUUGCUAUUUCAAUGUGCAACACUUGAAACUGCUUGUUUUUUCUAUGUGGGAAAUAUAUACUUGGUAUAGACUGAGAAUACUAGAAUUAUUUCCUACUGCAUUGGGCAUUUGUGAAAGGAAAUCUUUAGAAAUCUGACUUCUGGUAGAACCAAUUUGAAUGAAGUCACAAAAGUUCCCCAAAAGGGCCAUUUCUAUUGUAUUAAAUAAGACCAAGUUUUCCACAUGGAUAUAUCAUAUAGCUCCAUUUUGAAUUGAUGUCUUAUUGUUAAGUAUUUUAUAAAUAGAUAGAUGCCUGCAAUUAGUAUAAAGGAUGUUUUUGAACACUGGUUUUUAUUGUCACAUUGUUGCUGCAUAACACUCUGGCGUUCCAUGUUACAUGAUUUGAAAAUAUUUUGAAAAAAUAAUGGUAAAUUCAUUUUGCUUGAUGGUGUGUUUCAAGGAAAAACUAUAGUACUCAGGUGGUAAAUAAAGGGAGAGAGGAUUCUCUGUAGUAAAUAAUCAUUUUAAGGAAUACAUCUAACAUUGAUGACUAGCCUUAAAAGUUACUUGUUUAUCAUUAUAUUGUCACCUUGGCCCAGGUUGUAUAGAAAACUGAUAGUGAUACUGUACAACCAUAUCAAAUUUUAGUGUGAUUUCUGUUACAAGUCCCCUGACAAAAAAUUGUACCCCAUGUAACCAGUGUCUAUUUGAAUUCCUGAAUAAGAGUUUGUAAAUAAUAAUACCAGCAGGCCAAAGAAAGUCAUACAUCUUUAGCUAUUGAAUAUAUGGUGAUUUCAUAAGAUGUCUGUGCAAAGGUAAGGUGGUAUUUGAUAAAAUGGACAUCGUUUUAAUGUCCUGUCCAGGUGAACUAGACUUUCAGAUUAGCUUCUUUGAAAUCUCAUUCCAUUUUUAAAAAAGUGUUUGUAGUUGGAAUUUUGUGUUAAUGUCCACUUUCCAUCUUUACUUUUCUUUCUUUUGCAUUUAGGUGACUGUUGAGCAGUUUGCUAUAUGGCCUUUGUUGGCCUUAAACUGCAGUAGUAACAAGCAUGGUAUUUAUCUUGUAUUGAAAAAAUAAAAUACAGUUUUGAUAAAUACUUUGCAGUCUGUCCUUUUUAGUUUUUCUUGUAACAUUUUAUAAAGUCAUAAAUCAUACACUAUUGGCAUUGCAUAGUAAAACUAAUAAGAUUAUAUACUGUAUCAGAAAUAAGACUAUUUCAUACUAGGAAGGUGUGGUUUUCCCCUGUGCUAAUACCGAAGGCCAUUUGGCAUAGUAGCUCACUGGAUUAGGAGUUGGGAUACUUAGAUUUUUCUAGUCCUUGACUUAAUACUAGUGAAUUUGAAGAUGAAUUUGAAAAUCAUAAUGUUUUGUACCAUUCAUAGUUCCUCAUCACUUUUUGAUUAAAGUAAUUAUUUGGGGAGAAAUUGUAAACUCAGUUUUAUUCUGUUUUAAGUAAACACACUUAUUUUUGUAGAUUAUGUCUGUGAAAAUCUUUAAAGAAUUCAAUUUAUGAGUUUGGUUUCAGUGAGCUUUUUUUUUCCUAAGUCAACUUGGAAUAAAAACUGGAAUUAGACUCAUAAAAUCCCCCUCUUCCCCCACCAGAUUUAUUUGUACUUGAUCCUUUGUAUAAGAACUAAAUGCUUAAUGAAUCCAGAUGAAUUUUUGUAAAGGCUUUGUUGGAUCAGAGGUUGAAAAAAAAUCUCCAGAACAAGUAGCCAUAUGCCAGGCCUUUUGGCAGAGUUUAUAGUAGUAUGCGGUUCUUUGUUUUCCCAGCAGUUUCCUUCUCCCAUUCAUCCAAGGACUCACUACCUUUAUUCUUUGUCCAUAUAUAGAGCCAGUUAAGUGAUUUGUUUGACAAUUGCCUUAUAAAUUACCAAAAGGUGAAAAGUCUUUUAAUAAAUUAAUUCAAGCUCCCCAUCUCGGGAAUACUGAGGAUUUUUCAUAAAUUAUUUAUCUCCUCAAUCUCAAAACCCAAUUCUAUUGUUGCUGGCCAGAUAACAUAUUAACACUAACAUAUGUAUUGACUAUUAGUAAGAGCACAUCUAGGGUUACUUCUUUGACCUUCAAAAGUAAUGAAAGGGAAGUUGUCUGGUACAAUCUUUCACCAACUUUUACAACUAUGACUUCUCCAAAACAUUGGAAUCACAAGUCUGACAAUUUUUUUUUUUUUUCACGUUGUCUAAAGUCUUCAGUUCCCCUCAAAAAAUUCCUCACAUUUAAGUUAGGAAUAACUAUAGAUAAGGCUUAUUCACAGUUAACCCCAGAAGGACAAUUUGACCUUGGUUCUCAUGAACUAUUUCUUAUGAUGCUUAAACCCUUUUUUCUUUACUCAUUCUCUUGGAGGCAAAUAACUUGCCUUUUUAUUCAUGACAGCUAGCUCUUAUCCUCCUGGUACAGUUAUUUAUUGCUUCCCAAGAUUAUUUCCUCUUAGAAAUACAAUAAUUGAUCAAAGUUAUUUUGAGGGAGUAUUUAAAUUGGGAUUAUAUUUUUAUAUAAUACUUUUCAAGUAUGUCAUGUAUGGUUAUUCUGUUUUUAUGUUAGACUCAUCAGUAUAACUAGAAUCCACAUAACUAGCUGUCAAUGCCAGUGUAAAUCAAAUGCACCAUUGUGCUUUUUGUUCAAGUGAGAAAUCCAGUGGUUACGAGUUAUUGAAAGGAAUCAGUAAAGUUAUUUGUUAACUUUAGGUGCAUAUCCAUAGAUGGGAGAAAAUUUGAAGAGGAGAGCUAAAUUUAUGAGUUUCAGUGGAUUAUAAAACCACUAUACCAAUAUUUUUUGAAAUAUAAGACAAUAAGAUAUCCAUCAGUAGGAUGUUGGAUUGAAUUUGUACAGAAACUCCUGUAAAAGUAGUCUUUUUUUUUUUUAAGUCAAUCCCUAAUAGUGUGUUUUCUUGUUUGUUUAAGAAAAGAAAUUUGAUAAUUAAGGAUUCUUAAUAGAUUCUUGUUAAGGUUUUAUUGUGAUAUUUAAAUGAUGAAACUACUGUUAGGAGGCAGUGAGGGGAAAAUAGUGGAUUUGAUAGUCACCAAAAGUGAAAAACUGUAUCUUGGCUUCUUAUCACUUGUGUAACUUUGGACAUUCCAAAAUUAGAAAAAUGUAAUUUAAAAGCAGGCCUCUCUCUGGAUCUUCAGAUUCAAGGUCCCUUUAACCUUUAUGAUUGUAAUCCAAUAUAAUACUUAUUUUUCAGAGCAAUUCAAUUUUUGUUACUUGAGGAAAUUUGGAGUUUUUAAACCUUAAAAAGUCGUUGUGAGUUGAACUUAUUUCCUAGGUGUUUUCACUCUGGUAGCUUCUGCCAUAGGUAGUGGGAUUAUUAGAAAAGCAUUUUUUUAAAAACCUAAAUUCCACAAUAACUAAAACUAGGUUUAAAAAGUUGAUUUAAACAUUGGAAAUGGUUUUGUUAUCAUUGUGAAAAAAAUCAAGUUAAGCAAUUUAGCUAUAUUACAUUUUCCCCUCUACUAGAUGAUUUCUGAUACUUUGUAUAUAAUUGGCUAGUUUGUACAUAUUAGCAUUAAUGCUUGUUUGUACAUCACAAAAUGGUCUUUUCAUAAUUGGAUAUUUUUUUCUUUGUUUAAGCCUUCUGAAUAAACUUAAAUUCAUUCAGUUGUUUAUACCUCACUUUUCAAAAAGAGAUUUUUCUUACUAAAAUGUAAGUAGGAUGUUUUUACAACAUAAGGUCUGUAGAGCAGCAGCUGUUAGCAAAUCAUACUGGUUAGUACUUUGUUAAUAAGCAAAAAAGUCGAAUGUGUCUUGUUUAAUUGAUUACUGGUCCCUCUCCUGUUCUCUGAGUUAUCAGAAUACAGAAGUGCUUCUCAAAGAGGAAUUUUUCUUAUCCAUGGUGUGGCUGGCAAGGCUAUGGCCACUAAUAGUUAAUUCUUAAAACUGGCCUUUUUGAACAGGGGAACAUUUAAUACAAAUCUUUUUGCUUCCAUAAAAAUAAGACCAUAAAUUAAGUUUUACAUGGCAAGAAAUGGAUUUUACAUCACUUAUUUAGACUUGACUCUCUUUCUAGAAUAUCUAGACAUCUUCACUUUUUGCUCUUGAACUGCCAAAUCAACACCCUUUAAACCUGAGUCUCCCCAUUUUACCAAAGCUGGAAAUAUAAAGGACACCCAUAGUCCUGAUCUUAAUAGUAAUUUUUUUGAGAGCAUUGUGCUAUUUUGUUUCUGACCAGGACCAGUUUACCACUCUAUAGAGGCAAUUAAGGCCUACCUCCUUAGAGCUCACCGAUGUUGAACUUAAUGAGGAUUCUGUUAGUGUGGAAUUUCCAUAUUGAGAGAUUUGCCAGUCUCGGCUUUCUUCCUAGUUGGGCUCACAAGUUUUCAUUGUGUUUUUGAUAGGUUCAAUUCAGUUCAGCAUAUAUGAGAUAAUACACAUGAUAACAGAUUGGAAUUUAGCCUAACAGAAUUAGCAAAAUAAUCGUUACAUAGUAAGUACAAAUAAUGUGGAAAGAUUACUUCGGUUAUGAGAGAAGUGAAAGAAUGUUGUAAAAAAUGCAUGCAGAGGAUGAGUAGAGAGGGAAGUAUUCAAGGACAGUAGUGCAUUGUGGUCCAGGAGUAGCCUGAGAAUGAGACUGGCUUCAGAUUGUUGGGUGGCAAAGGAGUGGCUUUGGCUCAGGAGAAAACUGGGAACUUUUGAAUAAAGUUGUGAUAUAUAUGUGGGGUUUUAUUGUUAUGGGAGUGCUUAAAAAGUUAGUUUGGAAGAAAGGAGUGGAGGUAGACCACUUAAGCUUUUGCAAUGAUGCAUUUAAGUGGUGAGAUUAGACUAGAAGAAAUUUGAGUAAGAUAUAGGACAGACAAGAAAGAUCAAAGGUAAGAUUACAAAAAUGGUGACUAAUAUCGGGGACAAUUGAAGUUAGAAAAUCAAGUUUAGGAUCUUUAUGGUUUUAGAUUGUUGAGUGAGAGCAGGAUCUAUUAAAACAUUUAAAAGAAUGAAAAAUAUUAGAUUGGUUUUCUCCAGGAAUGUUUUAAAUGUUAGGAAAAUUGCAAACAUAAGCAAAAAGAAGAAAUCAACAGAUUAGGGGAAAAAAUUGAAACAGUCUAAACCUCACUCCUGAGCCUUUCCAUAAUGUAGUAAACUGUCUAAAAGAGAUUAGGGAAAUUAGAUUAGGUUAGCAUCUACAAUUAAUUUUAUAGUAUCUGCUGAAAUUGUUAGAAACCUUUGAAAAAGAUCAGAGAUAAUCCAAAAAAAGAUAAUCACAGUAAAUCAAUUCAUUAUAGUUCUAGAAGUGUUUAGAAAGCAGUAAGCAAAAUAGGCAAAGGGGGAAAAUUGCAUUUUUGCAAAUAGGUUUGAGAGAAAGAAGCAAAAGAUUAUUCAAAACAUUAAAUUCAUUAAACAAUAUAAAAUAACAUUCUGCUUUCCCCAGCAGUCAGCAGGAGGUGAUAGAAAAAAAAAAAAAAAAAAAAAACAUUCAAAAUCAUGUAUAAAA